AUGCAGAGUCUUGCUAUUAAACGCUCCAGGGAGGAAGAAAAGGGAGACGAAGCCUCAGAGGAUGAUGAGCUGACGUUAAGGCGAAAAGGCUCCGCAGCCUUACCUCUUACUCCCGCGAGAACGGAAGACCAAUGGAAUGAUAGUGACGCGGCUGAGAUUUGGGAUGGCCAGCCGACACAUACCCAUACUUUUCCUUCCUCCGGCAGCCAUAUACACCUCGACGCUGAUACCGACAUGAACAUGAUGGACUGUGCGUCUACAGAAUCCUCCGCCCUGCCUGCAUGGCCUCCCACUGGCCAUGGUGAUGGAGACAGGAGGCGUAAUAUUAGCAGCUCCCUCAAUUCUACAGACACAAGUUUAGUGGUUACUCAAGCUUGCCAUAAGUCUUCCUCUGUCAAUGCACCCGUGGUUUCCUCGUCUCCUAGUGAUCUACACCCUCCGGCAUCUGCUAUCACGCAUCUCGAAGCCUCCAGCUUUCCCAGUCCCAUAAGUGAAUUUCAAGCCGAGACGAAGAAAUAUACCAGCAAAUUUACAUUACAUCCCUUCCAAACUUGCUCCCACCUUGAUGAUCCGAGCAUGCCUUCAAAUACAUCUCUGUCCAAUUCUGUAUCUUCGAAAUCCACCCACAAAUUCGGCGGGCCACAAGGAAAUAGUCCAACUUUACAGCCUCCUACAAACCCAGAAGCUGACUCUUUUCGGAAAUGCCCCGAUCUCACGGUCAACCAUACCGCUACGUUGAUGGCAAAACCGCCUAAAAAACCUACUAUAGCUAUGGGGUUCCGAGCUGACUGCGACAAAUCGUACUUCCGACAACAGAACUCAACAUACACCCCUUUGGCUUUGCAUUACACCCAAAAUUCCUGGGUGAAUAGGCCGUUCGAAGCGUCUAGAUACAACCCAAUUGUUUCUGCAUUCUUCAACUUAUUGAAUUUUGCUUUUGCCUUUCUGCUACAAAGAUACCCCCGUUUCCCUCCUAUUCCGCUUAUUCACCAACGACCUUUCUAUGUGUUUGGUGUUGGUUUCUUUACAACAAAGAGGGCUGGCUCCUUGGUUUCUUUAUGUCUUAAUUUCUCGAUUGAUUUAAUUCACAAAGAUGAAAUGCAAGCAGUUAUUGCGAGACAAGGAGCUGCUAUAAUGCCGUCAUCAAGGUCUCUAUUGCGGUCAUUAGAGGCUCUACCCUCACAACUAAAUAGUUCUCGCUAUGUCUGCACGAAUUGUCGCUGGCAAUCGUUCCCACGAGCCCGAAAUCUGAUCUCCACGCCAUCUCGUCGAUACAACUCGUCCGGCAAUCUUCCAUUCACCGAAAAGGUACGGCGAAAGCUGUGGGGCACAGACAAUCCUCCAGGUUUAAAGGACCCUUAUGGAGGAGAAAGCAUACUUGAGAGAAGAGCUCGUGAGCUCCGGGAAGCCAGGGAAGCCAGGGCGGAUGAAUCGCAAGAAGUCCCGGAAGGAUCUCUCGAGGCUAUGGCAGAGGAAACGAAUGCCGAGGCCAUGGAAGAUUACACUCCCGCGAUUAAUUGGGAUGGACUAGAGCAUGUCGGAUCAUUGGGUGAAUGGUGGGAGAAACCACCAACUGAGAUGGAUAAAUUUGAUGCAUUCAUGCGGAGGGAAAAGAUUACGGACAAUAAUGAUAUACUGGCUAUCUUGCAUCAGGCCCUGGUUGAAUUGAGUGUCUUGAAGGAGCUUAACAAGCCCUUGGGAGCUUCUUGCGACAUCCUCGAGCAUGAGCCCCAGAUUCUGUCUCUAAUCAACAAAGUUGAGAUAGUCCCCUCGAAGGAACAAUCCGGAGCUGCAUUGGCAUUCCCAAGUGAAGAUGCAAAAGCCAAGGUGUAUGAAUUCUUCCGUGAAUUUGACUCCAUCCCGGCUGAGGAACCCGUUGCUUCUGAAGAACUUCCUUCCACAGAACCCGAGAUGGAUGCCAACUCCGAAGUAGUAUCUGAAACCUCAUCAUUCGAGCUUAGCCCUCCAGCUAGCACAGAGUUCCUGAACAUUUCUCUCAUGUCCCCAGACAUGAAGUUUGCGUACUUGAAAAGAGUUAGCCAGUUGACCGGCCACUUCAUUCCGGACCAGGAGCUUGCAUCCAUAUCCAGCGUAUCUUCCGUGCAAGACUUCCUUAUCCGCGCUUCGACCCCCAAACCUACGAAGCUUGCGGAGCAGCUUAUUGUUGAGGGAACCUUCGAUGGUAUCCCUAAUGUCAAGAUCUAUGACAGAAGACAAACCCCCAUUGACAGCGAAAUCGAAACAGGUCAAUGGAAAGUCAUUGAGGAAGAGCUUACGAAAAGAGGACUUCCAAUCACAGGCCGCAAAGUUGCAUGA